AUGAACAACUUCGUCAGGCUUAACCGGCGCGGAACGGAGUCCGUUACGCGUGUCUUUGAGUUUCGCCAAGCCCCGUCCACGACGGGCUUUCACCGCUGCUCGAAUUACAGAAAUCUACCUACGAAUACAAAGUACUGUGUACGAAUACUUCGUACCAACGUUUUUACUCCCGAGUUAUCGAGUUAUCGCGUCGCUGCCCGGCAUCGGGAGACGGUCUGCGCAGCAGUCACGGAGCGCUGCGCGACCGGCGACCACGGCGCCCCCGGGAUUAUGCAGCAAGAAGAAAACGCAUUCCGCCUCCAAUCCCACCAAAAGCAAGGGUACGGCAGCCUGGCCCGCAGCACCCCUUGCAAGCCAACGGCAUCCAAAUGA